GUUGGACAUGCUUUGUCAGUCAUCUUUUCGUAUCACAGUACCAACGCUAACACUUAUUUCGGGCAUCCGAGGAUAUAAAUUUGACCGCGAGUAAAACGUUGUGUUAUACCUCGUGUCCGAAUGUGAUUUCUCAUUUCGUUAAUACGUAAAGAUAAAUUAUUGACGACCAACUAUUGAGAAUUUAAAAAAAAGAAUGGACAGUCCAUUACCACAUAUUAUGGAAAGUGCAGAUUGUGAUGGUUCAACAAAACCGAAAGACAGGUUAGUUAGACUUCUUGAUCAAAUCGAAGUGCAUGUAGAACAACUAAGGAAAGAUGCCUGGAGACUCGAAGAAGAGAAAGAUACACUCCUGACCACCUUAGACACACUUAGAAACGAUGAAAUUCUAAGUGGACUAGGGGAAACUGACAAGGAUGAUGUACUGAGGUAUGCUGAAAGAUUGUCUAUGCGAUGUUUGACAGUAGAUGUAUUGGUUAAAAUUCAGCGUGAUCAGAUUCAAGAGGAAGCACUACAUCAGGUAAAUGGUUUGAUCGAUAGUCUAAUUGUUGGUCUUCGUGAUGAUCCAGUUGGAACUAGACUACGAUGUGCAUCUUUUAUGAAUGCUUGUUCCUCACAAAGUGUUGGUAAUUCUGAUAAAAACUUUGAAACAGCUAUUCUUGGAUGUACUAUGGAUGAUCAGAAACGAAUAAAGAAAAGGCUACAAGGAUUAUUAGAUUACAUUGACAAAAUGCAUACAAUUCAAUUGUUGUAAAAUUUGAAAUAAUUGAUUUUAAAAAGAUAAGUUACUCUUCAAAUAAAUAAUUAGUUUGUACUAAUUAUCUGAAAGGAGAUUCAAAAAAAAGUAAAAGCUGAUCAAAGUGGGUGCUUGAUAAUUCAGUGGUAAUGCCUAUAGUAAAUGUAGAAAAGUAAAUAAUGUGGAUUAUUUCCUCUACAUGUACUAUUUCUAUGUCUUACCAUUUACGUAAGCAAGCUUUUAUGCACAUUACAUUUGUAUAUGCCCAAUAAUUAUAGUAGGAAGUAAUCAUAAAAUUAUUGUAACAAAGAAAAAUGUUUCUGUAUUUAUUUUAAAAAUUCAAAUUUAAGUUUAAAAUAAAUGAUUAAAUAAUAUAUAUAGAAAGCUAUAUUAAAAGUAACAUAAACCUUAUUAGAAUCUGUAUUUGAAAAGAAGCAAAAUAGAUAAUAUAAAUACAAGAUAUAUUUUAUGUUAAUUGAUCUCUGAGAAUUUGAUUAUGGAUAGAUAGAAAUAAAUCAUUAAAUUUUUUUAAAUUUUAUAUAUAUAUGAUAGAAAUAGAUGUUGGCAUAUAUAUUAAAAUUUUUCGAAAUUUGAUCUGUGCGUGGAUAUUAUAUAAAUGUAAUAUUACUUAGUAAUCAUUCUAAUAUGCCUACCUUACAAUAAUUAUUAAUUUCAUUAUUUUGGCUAUUUGAAAUUAAUAGUACUUCCUACUAUAAAAAAAACUAUUAAAAAAUGUUCAUGAAAAUCAUAUACAAAUUCUAAUUGUGUUAAAAAUGUGACUCUUCAUAUUUUAAAUAUAAAGUUGUAAUAUAACUUUAUUUUAAUAUUGUAGAUUAAAAUCAUAAUCAUAUUUACUACAAAAUUUAUGAUUUCUUGCAUAUUUAUUAGAAAAGGAAUAAAUAUUUUAUGUACAAUCUGGCUAACAUAGUUUUCAAAAAUUAUUUAACUUAUAUAAGAAUUAAUUGAUUUCCAUUUUAUUUUGUUUACAUUAUUAUUUUACUUAUUAAAAAGAUUGCUAUUUAUUAUAUUAAUGUACUAGCAUGUUUUACCAAGCUAUUUUAGUUACAUAUAAUUACUAUUCAUUGUUUUUAUUAAAAGAUUUGAUUAAAAUAUUUUUUAAAUGUGAUGUGUCAUUUUGGUUUUAAUAUAAAUUUGAAAUUUUGAAACAUUGUAUAGUUCAUAAUAAAAAUAAUUGUAGAAGAAUUUAAGUUUUGCUAAUAUCUACUUUUAACAUAAUUGAUUAAAAAUUUGUAAUAUACUUCAAAUACAUAUAUAUUUUUUUUUUUUGUAAACCUUCAGCAAUUAUUUGGAGGUAUUAAUUAAAAUAGAUUCCUUAAAAAUUAAAACAAUUUAUUUUUAAUGAUAUUUUAUAGUUGUGAUUCACAAAAAAGUAUUAUUUAUCAACAUAAUAUUUUCUUCCUUAUAAACUAGAAUAUUUGGUUAGCUAUUAUAUCAGUAUUUGUUUACAUAUAAAUUAAUGACAAUAAUAUUUUUUAAGAACUUAUGUGAAGUAAUUUAAAACAUUUUUAAUUAUUAAACAUUCUAUUUUACUAAAUUAAGAUAUUUAAAAUUGUAUCAUUUCCUUUCACUAAUGAUUUACAAUUUAAUAACUCAGUAUGUGACUUAUAUAAAAAGAUAUUAUGUUCAUUUUCAGCGUUCAUAUUUACAGAAACAUAA